AUGACAAAACUACCACCUGGCAGCAAGAUUAUUGGGGUGAAGUGGGUUUAUAAAACAAAACUCAAUGUGAAUGGAGAAGUGGACAAGUACAAGGCUCGGCUCGUUGCAAAAGGUUACAGUCAAAAGUAUGGAGUGGACUAUGUUGAGGUGGCUAGUUUGGAAAAGAAGCUCGAUUCUGUGCUCAAUAUGGUGCCUAAGAUAGCUGAGGUAUGUGUUAUUUGGAACAUACCAGGUGCGACUCAAGAAGAGAAUGAGAAACCAAAUGACGAACUAAGCAAUGUCACUUCUUCAUUUGAAGCUCUAAAUCUUCAUAAGGCUGAAAAACCUUACACUCCUCCCAUUCCAUUUCCUAGAAGACUUGCCAAAAGCAAGCAGGAUAAGAAUAUGCCAGCGUAUGGGAAAUUCUUCAAGGAGCUGAACAACUAUAAGAGAAAGUAUGGACCUAAUAAGAAGGUGGUGGUGUCUGAAAAAUGUUUGGGGGAUUUAAAGGCAACAACUAUUUCAUUGCAACUUGUUGAUCGAUCAGUGAAAUAUCCAAGAGGUAUAGGGGAAGAUAUCUUUGUUCAAGUUGACAAACUAAUUUUGCCUACUGAUUUUGUGGUGUUGGAUAUGGAAGAAGCUCCUAUACAUGAUCAUGAGUUACCUAUUUUGCUUGGGAGACCCUUUAUGGCUACUGCAAAGACUAUCAUAGACGUGUAA